UUUUCAUCCAUGAUGUCAAUUGAUGUCAAUCGUAAAAAAUAUUAAUUUAUUUUGAACUGCACUUGAUAUGAUUACGUAUGUGAAUUAAAUAAAUAUUGUACGAAAUACACCAAAAUGGAUGUCGAGAUAAUGGUAGAGGCGCUACCCCUGCUUGGGGUAUGCAAUUUGUGUUUGAACGAAGACACCGUGAAGAGUAUGAUUGUGUCUCAAAAACAUAAUGGAACUCAGGAAUUGUACUCCGAAAUGUUGCUAAAAUGCUUCUCUAUAGACCUGGCAUUACUGGAUCUCGGAGAUACAAAACGGCUGAUAUGUGACAGUUGCAUCGUCAAGCUGCGGGAUGCUGUGUCCUUCAGGGAACAGGUGGAGGCGUCUUUGAAGGUUCUUGUGCAGAACGUCAAGUCAAGUGUUUCAGAAGAGACAAAGUCUGCAGUGAAAGACAUCAAGAGCGAGGACUCAACAAAUGAAGACGCCUUUUGCAACGAUUUUGACGAUUUCUGCGACGACGAGGACAAUAUAACUCUAAACGAGUUCAAAAUAAAAGACAAAUUCAUGUUCUACGACGACAAGGGCGUGAAAGAUGAGAAACCGGAAAAGAAAGAUGUCACAGACGAAAAACCAGUGCGAAAGAAGAAAACUGUUUCAACUAAACGCAAGCUCCUAAAAUACACUAAAACUAACGACACCAGUGAAACGGAAGCGUUACUUCAGGCUGGACUAUUUCCAUUUAGAAUGCGCAAAAACCAUGCGUUUUCGUGCAUGCUGUGUACAGUAAAAUCGACAAGCUUGGAUGAAAUAAAAAAACACGUAAGCGUCCACAGCAAAAAUAACAUACAACUAGCAUUCAAAAAGAUGGUCUAUUCGAACUCACAGCGAUUCUAUCCCACCACAAAUUUGUUUCGGUGCAAAAUCUGUACAACUGAUAUCGCGGAUUUCAACGAACUAAAAGUGCACGUGGAAAACUGUAACCAACUAAAGUAUAAUAAGAAUUGGAGUAAUCUGCCUUUUAAACUGGAAAAAGACCAGUUGGAUUGUCCUAUUUGCAAGAAAACUUUCUUAAACUAUGUGAGUCUAAACACUCAUAUGAACGUGCACUAUCCUAAUUACAUCUGCGAGAGUUGUGGCAAGGCGUUUGCUUCUAAAGCGAGGUUACGAGGCCAUAUGAGGACACACGAAGUGGGCAGUUUCCCAUGCAGGCAUUGCAACGCUGUCUUCGAUAGGGUUACUAAACGGGAGAAUCACGUGUCGAAAGAACACAAAUCUGGCGUGAGAUACGCUUGCAAACGCUGUAAUAUUUCCCUAUCAUCUUUCUAUGCAAGACAGAAACAUCUAGCCGAAGUACAUAACGAAGAAUUGAAGAGAUACAAAUGCAAAGUGUGCCCACAAAGUUAUAUUACUCCGGGGCAUUUGUCAAGCCAUGUUCGGAGAGAUCAUUUGAACGAGCGGAACCACAAAUGUGAUAAAUGUGAUUUGGCAUUUUACACGAAGAACGCUUUGAAAAUGCACAUGAUCAAACACGACGGAGAAAGGAUUCAUACUUGUCAUAUAUGUCACAAGUCGUAUCAAAGGAAGAAAACUCUUCGGGAACAUCAGAGAAUACACGAUAAUGAUAAACGGUUUGUAUGUCCGGUGUGUGGGAGAGCGUUCACUCAAAAAUGCACCUUGAAAGGACAUCUUAAGGUUCACGAGAGAAAGGUGGAUGUGGAGGAUAGAAUAAUUCAACGUUUGAUAUAGCGGAGUAGGUUUAAGAGGUAUGUGGAAUGUCAAAAUCGCAAAAUGUGAUUAUUACCAGAGUAAAUACAAAUGAGUAGGUCAUCUUCAUAGAAACGCACGGGCGCUGUUUGUA